UACGAGAAAAGAAAAGUCGAAAAUUUUCGUUCAUUUGAAGUUGAACAACGUACGUUAUCAGACGUGUUUUUCCGUUCGUGCCUAACGUUAGGCGAGAAAGAGUGUGUGCGUGCAGUGGUGUGAAAAGAAAAAUCUGUCAAAAGUCAAAACGAACCAACCACAGAGACCGAAGAGAAGCAGCAGAUUCUCCAAAGCAGAAGAUUGCAUCAUAAGUUUUCCAGAAACGUGAUUUUUGCUGUCGUACUCAGAUAAUUACGCCGGAGCAAGUGAAAUUGCAGAAAAAUGUUGAAGGCAGCUAAGUUUCUAACUCGUACUUUAACGGAAAACCGCACCGUGCUACAAAAUGGCGGAAUCCUCGGCAACAGUAUGCAGGCUCGAUUCAAAUCCGACACCGUCAAAGGUGCCGUAAUUGGUAUCGAUCUUGGCACGACAAACUCCUGUGUGGCCGUGAUGGAGGGUAAGCAAGCGAAGGUAAUCGAGAAUGCCGAAGGUGCCCGCACGACCCCAUCCCAUGUUGCCUUCACAAAGGACGGUGAACGGCUCGUCGGAAUGCCAGCAAAGCGCCAAGCUGUUACCAAUUCCGCAAACACAUUCUACGCAACGAAGCGUUUGAUUGGCCGGCGGUUUGACGAUGCCGAGAUCAAAAAGGAUUUGAAGAAUCUGUCCUAUAAGGUGAUGAAGGCUUCCAAUGGAGACGCUUGGGUUCAGGGUACCGACGGAAAGGUCUAUUCGCCGAGCCAGAUCGGAGCGUUUGUGUUGAUGAAGAUGAAGGAAACGGCUGAGGCUUAUUUGAAUACUAGCGUUAAAAAUGCCGUUGUUACGGUACCUGCAUAUUUCAACGAUUCUCAGCGUCAGGCUACCAAAGAUGCCGGGCAGAUUGCCGGUCUGAAUGUGUUGCGAGUGAUAAACGAACCGACUGCUGCUGCGCUGGCGUACGGUAUGGACAAGAGCGAGGACAAGAUCAUCGCUGUUUACGAUUUGGGUGGUGGUACUUUUGAUAUUUCUAUUCUGGAAAUCCAGAAGGGUGUAUUUGAGGUAAAAUCCACCAACGGCGAUACUCUGCUGGGCGGAGAAGAUUUUGAUAACCACAUCGUCAAUUAUCUGGUAACGGAAUUCAAACGAGAACAGGGAAUCGAUAUCACCAAGGACCCAAUGGCGAUGCAGCGCCUGAAGGAAGCUGCCGAGAAGGCGAAAUGUGAACUCUCAUCAUCGGUGCAGACCGACAUCAAUCUCCCUUACAUUACGAUGGACGCUUCUGGACCUAAACAUUUGAAUCUGAAAUUCACUCGCGCCAAGCUGGAACAGUUGGUCGGAGAUCUGAUUAAACGUACGAUUGCUCCUUGCCAAAAGGCGCUGUCCGAUGCCGAAGUUUCGAAGUCGGAUAUCGGUGAGGUUCUGCUGGUCGGUGGAAUGUCCCGUAUGCCGAAGGUUCAACAGACUGUACAGGAGAUCUUCGGUCGUACACCAUCGCGCGCGGUGAAUCCCGACGAAGCUGUCGCUGUUGGUGCUGCCGUUCAGGGCGGAGUACUCGCCGGUGACGUUACGGAUGUGCUGCUUCUGGACGUAACCCCACUAUCGCUGGGUAUCGAAACUUUAGGUGGUGUUUUCACCCGACUAAUCACCCGUAAUACGACCAUUCCUACCAAGAAAUCACAGGUCUUUUCUACGGCUGCUGACGGUCAAACCCAGGUUGAAAUCAAGGUCCAUCAGGGUGAGCGUGAAAUGGCUUCCGAUAACAAGAUGCUUGGUUCCUUCACGUUGGUUGGUAUUCCUCCAGCACCUCGCGGUGUUCCACAAAUCGAAGUCAUUUUUGACAUUGACGCGAACGGUAUCGUCCAUGUUUCUGCCAGGGACAAGGGCACCGGAAAGGAGCAGCAAAUUGUGAUUCAAUCCUCCGGCGGUUUAAGCAAGGACGAAAUUGAGAACAUGAUUAAGAAUGCCGAACAGUAUGCCGCUACCGAUAAGCAGAAGAAGGAACGAAUCGAAGCCAUCAAUCAAGCUGAGGGUAUUGUUCACGACACCGAGUCGAAGAUGGAAGAGUUUAAGGAUCAAUUACCCAAGGAAGAGUGUGAUAAAUUGCGUGAAGAAAUCACUAAGGUGCGUGAAAUUUUAGCUAAUAAGGAUGAGGCCGAUCCGGAAGAAAUCCGAAAGACCGUCAGUACUCUGCAACAGUCUUCGUUGAAACUGUUUGAGAUGGCUUACAAAAAGAUGGCUUCCGAGCGUGAAAGCAGUGGCUCCAGCUCGGGCACUAGCGACAGCAGCAGCAGCAGCAGUAGUGAGGAAGCCGAGAAGAAAGAGAACAAAAAUUAAAACAACUGUGUUUUAAACCAAUCUGCAAAACCCCCGCAUCCUGUAAAAAUAGUUCUAGCCAUUAUACCCUGUUGUAGUGUUAAUGAAAUUUGGUCGAGCAUAGCGAAAACAGUACGAAAACGCACUUAUACAAACACAAUUAGUUUAGUUUCCCACUUCACUAUAUCACUUUACUGAGAUUUUAAAGCAUGAAACUACAAACUGGUAACAUUUCAUGUUAAAAUACUACGGAAUUCCCAAAAUAAUCCGAGUAGUAUUUAGUUUUUUAAAGUGGUUUAAACCGACGACAUAGUCGGCUGUCAUUUCGCGCAGCAGCAUCUGAGUCGCAGUAGGUAUGGGAAAUAAUACUGUCUGACCGCUGACGUUAGGUACUGAGUAGGAGAAAUUAUCGAAUAGUUUUGUCAUUACGUUUCGACUCUGAAAACCAAAUUGUUCGGUAAGGAAAUUAUUGAUAACUGUUGUACAGAUAUAUAAACCCGAUUGUGGCACAUAAAAAUUGUGCUCGAACAACACAAAAAGGAGAAGUGUCACCCCCCAGCCAGGUGAGAAUGACUCUAUUGCAAUAAAGUAAGGUUAAAU